AUGGCGAUGUCAGGGAAAGUUUACAGUUGGUACUCCGCCCUUUUGGCGGCAAUGUGCAUGGUUCUCUAUGGCUUCGAUGCUUCCGUCUUCAAUUCCGUCCAGGCGUCAGACAACUGGCUGAGAUACUUCGACCUCAACAAGGAUGAGGACACUCAACUCAUUGGUCUCAUCAACACGGCCUACACCAUUGGCGCUAUUGUUGCCGGUUUCUUCAUGGGCGGCCCCCUGGCUGACUGGGGUGGACGUCGUGUCGGUAUGGGUACUGGCUGUCUCGUCACCAUCGUUGCUGCUUUCAUGCAAGCGUUUGCGCCGCGUCACAACUUGGGCGUUUUUAUUGCUGGACGUGUCAUCAUCGGUAUCGGCCAGGGACUGGCUUUGACUGCUGGACCCGUCUACAUCAACGAGAUUACCCCCGCCGAAAUCAGAGGUGUUGUCAUGACCUUCUGGCAGCUCAACUUCUCCGUCGGCUCUUUCAUCGCCUACUGGAUCAACUACGCCUGCAGUCUGAACCGCGAGAAGCUCGGCGACUGGGACUGGCGCAUGGUCGUCAUCUUCCAGAUCCUCGUUCCCACCAUUGUCUGCGCCCUGCUGUGGACCAUCCCCGAAUCCCCCAGAUGGUACAUCAAGAAGAACAAGCCAGAGAAGGCUCGCAAGGCCAUGCUCUCCCUCCGAAACAGCGAAGAAGACGCCGAGCAGGAGCUUCUCAGCAUCCGCGAGGCUAUCGAAUACGAGAAGGAGGCCAUCAGCACCAACUACACCGCCCUGUUCAAGGACCCCUCGGUCCGCAAGCGUCUCUUCCUGACCAUGAUUCUCAACGUCGGCCAGCAGCUUACCGGCCAAGGCACCCUCAACAACUACUCCACCGCCAUCUACCGCAAGGUUUGGCCCGACACGAGAACCAUCAACCUCAUCAACGCGCUCAACGGAACCUUUGGUAUUCUCUUCACCCUCAAUGCCAUGUGGACCGCUGACCGAUAUGGACGUCGAUGGCUGUUCAUGGUCGGUGCCGUUGGUAUGGGUCUCUGCAUGGUUCUCGUCCCCGUCGUCAGCUUGACCACUCCAGACCUUCCGGGAGGUGUCAAGUCGCAGUCGGUUGGCAUCGCAAUCGUUUUCCUGCUCUUCUUGUUUGCGUUCUUCUACAAGCCCAGUUGGGGCGCAACCGUGUGGAUCUACACUGCCGAGGUCUUCUCCAUGAACAUCAGAGCCCAGGCCGUCGGAAUGUGCUCUCAGUCACAAAACGUCGCCAACACGAUUUUCCAGCAGUUCUUCCCCACGUUCCUCAAGAACACUGGUCUCAAGUGCUUGUUCUUCUUCAUGGCGGUCAACUUCCUCCUCGUCGCAUACGUCUGGUUCUUCAUUCCCGAGACCAAGCAGGUCCCCUUGGAAGAGAUUGACGUUCUGUUCGGUGGCGCCAACCACGUUGAGAAGGGCAGUCAACUCGUCGGACUCGGCCCCCACACCGAGGCUGCGGAGAUUACUAUCGACGAGCAAAAGAAGAAGAAUGACACGCAGACCAAGGAGGUUUAA